AUGAGGGAGCUUGACUAUACAGCGAUGAAGACGUUACAAUUUGUAGCGGGUCUUCAGAAUCCCACAUUACUGGAAGUUCGCCUUAGAAUGAUUCACCGGGACUCACAAGCGGAUUACACUUCGCUGACAAUCGAAGAUCUGGUCAACGAACGUGAGAAUUUUGCCGCGUUGCAAGCAGACAGCACGGAAAUGGAAGGAACACAUGACAUCCAUGCUGUGAAGAGAAAAAGGUAA